GCCAUUUGGUUUAUUCAGGCUCAAAGUGUUAUCUGGAAGCUUAGCUAGAUAUGAUGUGUUGGAAGUUGGAAACCCUGAUUAGUCUCUCAUCUCAGCUGGACAUGAAGCAGACACUUGUGCUGCUGACAGUACUGUGGACCAUCAUUUCCUGCGGUCCAAGUGGGAAUUUUAAUUGCACAUCUGAAGAAUGUGUUCCGUCUCAAAUUGGUUGCGAUUUCAAGGAGGACUCUAAAUGUGGCUCAGAUAAGGAGUUUUGUGGCUCAUGUGACUUUGAGAAUCACUCAUGUGGUUGGAAAAACACCAGUGAUUCAUCCUACAGCUGGAAAUGGCAAAUGGCAAACAUCACCUCCAUACCAGGACAGGACCACACUAUAGGGUCCGCUUGGGGACAUGUCAUGUAUAUAGAUGGUAAACAAGCUGGUUUCUUCAAACAAGCCAAUUUGGAGUAUCCUGUCAACCAGUCGGCUGCUUUGGCAUGCCAAAUCAGUUUUUGGUACCAUAUUUAUGAAGAAUCCCCAUCAUUAAUUUCAUUAUCAGACCUUGAAGUGAAAAUGGUCAGAGGCUCAGAUGUGAGAGAAUUGUUAAGGAUUUCCAAACGGAAGACAAAUGGUUGGGAGAAUGCAACAGUCUUCAUUGGUAAUCAACCAGGAGGUUAUAAGCUGCUGUUUUCAUACAAUCCUUCAGUUUUGGAAUAUAAAGACGUUAUGCUGGAUGAUAUCCGCUUUGAGAACUGUGUAGAGGGAGACUUUCCAGAGGGACCAUACCACCUAUCAUGCAAUUUUGAAAAGGAUACCUGUUCCUGGUACCAUGACUACACAGCUAGUCUUUUGUGGAAGAGAAUGAAAGGAGCGUAUGGAGACCCAAUUGGGAAUGGCUACUUCAUGCUUAUAAAAGCUGCGAACAACCUGAAUAUAUCAUCAUCCGCCAGGCUCAUCAGCCUACCUCAGCCUGCAGGUCAAACCAUCUGUGUUAGCUUCCAUUACUACAUAUUUGGGAACAGCAUCGGAUCAUUAAAGUUUAUUACUAAGCGCUCUGGGGAACCAGACACAGUCAUUUGGAUGAGGAGUGGCACUCAGGGAAAUAAAUGGCGAUUUGCAGAUCUUACCUUCAACAGCGACAGACCAAUACAGUUCAUUAUAGAAGCUGUAGUGGGAGGCAAACAGGGGAGCAUCGCCAUCGAUGACAUUGAAGUGUCCACAAGCUUGAAUGGUUCAUGUCCGCCUGAGAGAGAGUGCACUUUCCAGGGUUCUCUUUGCGGCAUGCGGCCCCAGCCCUCUGCGAAUUUCAGCUGGAAACGAAUCACCGGAAUGUCCCAGCCAGCCAACUCUUCAGGUCCCACCAAAGAUCACACUCUGGGGACAGAGCAAGGUUAUUACCUGAGUGCCGGAUUAUGGAAACACUCUUUGGGAUCCAGAGGGGCUAUGAUAGCUUUGAUGGAGCCCACACCUCUUAAUGGAGAGUGCCUAAUGUUCUGGUACUACAUGGAAGGAACAGGAGUGGGUGAGCUCAGCGUUUACCUUCAAAGCCAGGAAAAUGCCACCAAGCUGUGGACAAGGAUGGGUGAUCAGGGAACACACUGGCGGCAUGGGAGAGUAACACUCUACAGCCCACAAAGCAGUUAUCAGGUGGUUUUUGAGGCGAUAGCUGGAAAUGAACCAAUGAGAGAUAUUGCUAUUGAUGACCUUUCCAUCUUGAAUGGAGCCUGUCCCCCAUCAGGCUUUUGUGACUUUGAGAUGGACUUCUGCGGCUGGGUCAACAGUCCCGCAACAGAGUCUGGAGUAGAGUGGGACUGGCUCUCAGGAACAAGUGAUGGACGGUUCAUUCCACAAUGGGACCAUUCAACAAAUACAGCUUUAGGCCACUUUGCAUUUUUAGGGCCCUUUGGUUCUAAAAAAGAAGAAAUUGCCCAGUUGGAAAGUGAGUCUAUGGACGCAGUAGAAAGGGGAUGCAUAGAGAUCUGGCACCAUGUUGCAGGAUGGAUUAGUAAUAGACCAUCAGACAUUACAUUAACAGUGUUUGUAAGAGAGGCUGGUCAGCUGCGUCCUCUAUUCUACACUAAUGGUUACCUGAAUUCUUCCUGGAUUCAAGACAGAGUGAAUUACAAUUCAACGGGUCUUCACCAGAUUAUUUUACAAGCCCGGUGUCCAGCUGGAAAGGAAGCAAGUUUUGCAAUAGAUGAUACCCACAUCAUCCGAGGAAAAUCUUGUGAUGACCUCAUCCUGACCACAACUGACUCUCCCACCACAACUACCAGUGCUCCACCCUCUAGCAUGGACUGCACCUUUGAAGAAGGUUUGUGUAACUGGGCCCAGGAAGACACUGAUGAUUUGAACUGGACUCUCAGCAAUGGACUUCAAGUGGAGAGGCUGUGGAAUGGACCCCAGUACGAUCACACUGUUGACAGCGAUCAAGGUUUCUUUUUACUACUGAAUGGAUCUGGAUCGAAGGAUGCAGAGAAGGCUGUUGCCACAGUUUCUGUUUCGAAUCGUGGGUCACAAAGUUGUGUAGAAUUUUGGUAUUAUAUGCUGGGGCCAUCAGUAUCCACCCUGAAUCUACUGGUUCAAGUAAAUUCCUCUGAAUUGUUGGUCUGGACUCGUCAAGGAACCCAAACUCCAGAGUGGAUAAAAGCACAAGUAACUGUAAGCUUGAUCAAUGCACUUCAGAUAGCUUUCAGUGGGCAGAGAAACAUCCAGAGCCAUGGAUUCAUAGCUAUUGACGACAUCACAGUUAGAGAGGGAGGCUGCAGUAAUCAGAAUGAAUGUGGAUUUGAUUCGGAUUGGUGCGGUUUUGAGAAUGGUGUCGAUCACAGGGGUCACUGGGAGCGCACAAAGGGAACAAAGCAUCAAGUGGACAACAGCUAUCGGACUGAAAAUGGCUUUUACAUGUCUGUGAUGACUUCACAUUCUGCGCAGCAAGAAAUAGCAGAGCUCCUCUCACCAGUGUUCACUUCAGCUACGGAGAUGUGUGUACGCUUCUGGUUCAUGUUGCCUGCAGAUGUCUCCAACUAUCUUGCCGUCAAGGUGCUGAGAAGUGGGCAGCUUGGUGAUGCCCUUUGGCGUCGCUCUGGAUUCCCGUCUAAAAGCUGGAAGGUGGCUGAGGUCACUGUGUCCUCACCUGCACCUUUCAAUGUGGUAUUUGAGGCCGUCCAUAUGCCUGGCAUCAAUGAUACAGUAAAAAUAGAUGAUUUCUCUGUGAGGGCAGGGGCUUGUGCUUCUCCUGCCAGCUGUGACUUUGAGUCAGGACAAUGCACCUGGGUCAACGUGCAGAAAGAAGAUGGACAUGAGUGGGUCAUGUCCCGUGGAGGAUAUUAUGGACCUCCAAUGGACCAUACCACUCAGACCUCAGAUGGUUGGUUUUUGUUGAGCUCAGCACUGCACCAGGGCCAACACAGUGUAGCACAGGUUGUGUCUGAAUGGAUCCAACUGAAGGACACCCCAUCCUGUCUCACUUUCUGGUACCAUAUGGGCAGCAGUGAUUCUGGCACACUACGGUUGUUUGCACAUUCAGACUCAAUGGAGGAGACUCUAAUGUUUCAAAGCCACAGCAGUGGCAGCAGCUGGAACAGAUUCUCUCAGUCAGUAGACACGUCCAAACCUUUCCAGCUUUUGAUUGAGGCAGAAAGUAGCAGCAAGGGAUUUAUUGCCAUUGAUGACAUCAGUGUCACACAAGGUCUUUGUCCAGAGAAUGAAACAAGAGGAUUUGUGAGCUGUUCAUUUGAAAAUGGAACCUGUGACUGGGAGGAUAUCAGUGUUGGCCAGGCUGAGUGGGUAAGAACAAGGAACGGCACAGGGAACAGUGGACCAUCGGUGGACAACACACUGGGCACUGAGCUGGGUUGGUAUAUGGGUUUGGAGGCUGAUCGAGGGGAAGAAAUGAGCCCUGCUGCGCUGCAAAGUCCCAUCUUGAAACAGGCCAGCUCCACCUGUACACUACAUUUUUACUACAACAUGUAUGGAGAGGAAUCAGAGCUUAAAGUGCUCCUAAAGGAGGGCUCCAGGAUCACCACAUUGUGGUGGUUAGCUGGAGGUAAUGAAGAUUUGUGGCAGUACAGCAAGGUUAUAAUUGGCCGGAUCCCCCAGCAUUUUUCCCUCCUGUUUGAAGGCUCCAGUAAUUUCAACAAACUAGGAUACGUUGCUGUUGAUGAUCUCGACUUCACCAACUGCUCCCUUCCUGAGCCCCAGCCAUGGUGUUCCGAGAGUACAUUCAUGUGUAACAACAGCGUAUGUGUUGACCCCAACCAUGUGUGUGACUUCAGCGAUGACUGUGGGGACUGGUCUGAUGAAAUCAACUGUGAAAAGCAAGGUGUGAUGGAGCGCUGCAACUUUGAACAAGGCCUGUGUUCUUGGGCAAAUAGUGAUGUGGACACACCAGGAGGUGAGUGGACACGUCACAAAGGAGAAGAAGGCUGGCCCAACCACGGCCCUCCGAGGGACCACACAGAAAACCUUGCUGCAGGUCACUAUGUUUCCCCUGGUAGUCAUCUGACUGAGAAGGGCCAGACAUCUGAGAUUCUUUCAAAGACAUUGUUACCAAGCUUUAACUGCACUAUAAGAUUCUUCUACUUCAGCAUCAGUGAUGCUUCAGCUCAACUGACGGCCCAGUCCAGAACACUGAUGUCUGGUAUUGACGACAAAAUGCUGUGGAUCAGAGAAUCCUCCCACAGCUACAGUUGGCAGAGGGCAAAAGUCACCUUCUCCUCCUCAAUCAUUAGCAAGAUUGCUUUCAGGUAUGAGAUUGGGGCAACUCAACGAGGGCUUGUUGCACUUGAUGACAUUUCUUUCUCCAAGGAAUGCAUUUUUGACCAUGAAAACAAUAAACUACCCGAAACUUUGCCCACCUCUUCCCCACAUACAUCCUCUAACACACCUUCAGCAACAACCACACCUGUGAACCCCUGUCAGGAUAAUGAGUUUUUUUGCAGGCAGUCUGCUGGGAAAGUGUGUAUUCCUGCCACAUUACAGUGUGAUUAUAUUCCAGACUGCCCUGAAGGAGAGGACGAGGCUGGCUGUGGCUCAUGUACAUUUGAGAAUGAUCAGUGCCUGUGGAGUGACGCCAGUGAUGGACCAGCUAAAUGGCACAGAGAGAAAGCCAGUAACAACACUGAGCCCCCUACAGAUCACACUACACAAACUGGCUUCUACAUGACAGUAAAUCUCAAUCUCGGGUCCACACAGACAGAAGCCAAACUCCUUAGCCCACCACUCCAAUCUUCAUCCCCCUACUGCCAGCUUCUGUUUCACUUCCAUAUCAGCACAGGGAGUACUGGGUCACUCAGAGUGCUUAUGCAGCAAGCUGAGGGUGGUGAAGCAAUCCUAUGGUCACGCAGUCACAACACUGUCUCCCACUGGACCUCAGCGCAAAUGCCUAUAGGCAUGUUUCAGCAGCCAUGCAAGGUUUGGUUCAGUAGCAUAAGUAAAGCAACAGGGCCGAUCAUCUAUACUCGAGACCAUGUUGUUGCUGUGGAUGACAUCUCUUUUAUUAACUGUGAAACAUCUUAUGAGCCACCAGCCCUCCCUUCCUAUGGCUGUACAUUUGAAGAUGACUUGUGUGUUUGGAUCCAGGGAGCCGAAGAUGAGUUGGACUGGCGCAUCGGCUCAGGUCCCACUGAAACCCCCAACACUGGGCCUGCAGGAGACCACACCACUGGGACAGGGAAGUACCUUUACAUCGAGAGUUCCCAUCCAAGUGAAAAGGAAAACACAGCCCAAUUAAAGUCUCUACUGCUGCCACCUGCUGGCCAAAAAGGAUACUGUUUCACUUUUUGGUACCACAUGUUUGGAGCCACAGUGGGUUCAUUAAGGAUGUUUCUGAAAACAGCUGAUUCAUUGGACAAAACACUGGUGUGGCAACAAUCAGGAAGCCAGAGGGAUGAGUGGUUGCUGGCUCAGAGCCAUGUGACCCUGCAAAGAGUACACCAAGUGAUUCUAGAGGCGACUGUGGGCGGAGAGGCUGGUGACAUUGCCAUUGAUGACAUCUCUCUUAUCCAUGGACCAUGUCCUGACUCCGAUUUGUGUGAUUUUGAAGAGAGCAGCUGUAACUGGCAGCAGGCAACAUCAGAUGACUCUGACUGGAUAAGACAGUCGGGCAGCACACUCAACCCCAACACAGGACCAGAGAGCGACCAUACCACCAACACACCCACGGGUCAUUACUACUACCUGCCAUCUUCCAUGGAUGACCACGCUGGCCAAAAAGCGUUAAUGUCUUCACCUCUAUACCCUAAAAGUAAAGGAUCUUGUGUGCAGCUGUGGUACCACAUGUACGGGGAAGGAAUGGGCAUGUUGAAUGUUUACCAGCAGAAUGAAGACGGGAAGGAGGUUUUGAUUUUCUCACAGGCUGGAGACCAGGGUCAGCGGUGGAGGUUUGCUCAGGCUUCGCUCCUGCCCCGGAUUCAGCCAUACAGAAUUGUGGUGGAAGGUGUGAAGGCUGGCCCCACUAUGGAAGGAGACAUGGCCUUUGAUGAUGUGCAGCUCACAGAUGCACAGUGUCUCCCUCAUGGCGUCUGUGACUUUGAGACCUCCUUCUGCAGCUGGAGCAACCUGGGCAAUGGAGUCGACCAGGGAGACUGGCUCCUUGGGGCCGGAGCCUCUCCAAAUCCCAACACUGGACCGACUUUUGACCACACCACCAACUCUUCAUAUGGUCACUACAUAUAUGUGGACAGCUCAGUGGGUGAGUGGGGAGACAUGUCCUACCUUGUCAGUGAGGUGUUCCACCCAUCCUCAAGAGGAUACUGUCUUACAUUUUGGUACCACAUGUAUGGCAGCCAUGUCGGGACUCUCAAAGUCUACAUCAAUGACAGGAAAAUGCAUGCUGAAGGUAACGAGGAAGGAAAUCUGAAGUGGACUAAAACAGGAAACAAGGGGGACCAGUGGCUACAGGACAGUGUGUCGAUUAAACAUGAAGAAGCAUUCUGGUUUGUGUUUGUGUAUCAGAGAGGAAUGAGUACAGGUGGAGAUGUGGCACUUGAUGAUCUCACCAUCCAUCCCAGCAGCUGCUACUCUGAGCCUUUCAUCCCUCCCUCAAAUAAUAUAAAUGCACUGUCGGUUGGCCUUGCAGUUGGUCUGAUUCUGCUGAUUGGAAUCAUCAUCUCCAUCUUGCUUUUUAUUCUGAACCAAAAAUGGAAAUCUAUGAACCAGUCGACAAUAAUGAAUAAUGAGGUCACUCCUGAAACCUCAGUGUUGAACAUGUCUGGCUACACACAAGAUGAUACACAGCGUGAAUCUGCAUCGGACGUCUCCUUCUUUAACAAUCUUUAUAAUCCAUCACCACACGUUACUGAGGCCUCAUCUGAUGCUUAGCCUGGUUUUUACUUUAAGGUGUCAUUACUCUUGUUGAGUGCAGAAUAUAAAUAUACUAUGUUUGUUCCACAUUCUUAUUCAAUGUGAACAUUUUUUUUUUUCAGUUUGAUUAAUUUUAAUUACUUUUGCCUUAAAUUGUGCUUUACUUAAAAGCCAUUCUGUAGAUUGAUUAAAACAAAUAUUUGGAAAAUGGAGAAUGUGUUAAUUGCUUUAGUCUUUUCGGAAAAGUUUAUUGAAGAGUCUUAGCUCUGAAGAAUCAGUUAUCCUAUUUUACUUACAACUGUUGAGGUUGUUACCAAGAAAUAAAAAAAUAAAUAAAAUUGGGUAUUUGCAUGUUAA